GAGAGCAAAUUGCCAGCUGCUGGCAGCUAAUGAGCCUCAGUGAAUGCGAACUGGAUCGAGUGGCCAGGCUAUUGGGAAAGAGCAGCCAGGAGUGUUACAGGCUCUUAAAAAAUGCAUCCCAGCUUGAGGAAGUGAGCAAACAACUGCUGAAGAUGGAUCGAACACUGCCAUCAAUUCCAGUCAGCAGUACAAAAGAUGGAACUGUACAGAAGUCUGCUUUAAAGAGAAGACCUUGGAGUGAGAAGGAGCAGGCUGCAGUGAAGCGUUACUUAAGUGAAUUUAUCACAAGGAUGAAGGUUCCAGGCAAAAAGGAGUGCAAUGCUUGCAUAGCUGCUGAACCAGAUCUUGGAGGAAGAUCUUGGACAGACGUUAAAAACUAUGUACACAACACACUACAGACAAUACGUAGGAGAAACAACCAACAGAAGUCUGAGGGGAACCUAAAUGUUUUGAAUCCAAAGAGAUCAAAAGCUGGAGUCCAAACCGUAAAGUCAAAUUUGGAAGAUACAAGCACUGUGUGUACUAUGACAACCGUCCACCCAGAUAUCUUAACAGAAAGUUCAGGUUGUUGUAUGACAAUACAACCACCACCAGCAGCCAACCUGGGAGACACAUCACCAUUCUCCCAAGAGAUCACUUCAACUUAUGUAUCCCUCUGCUCAUCUAGUACAAACCUGGUCCAUACAAGUCAGUCAUUGAUUUCUGCUUUCACACCAUUGAAUGCUACUGAUACACAGGUUGUUCCUACAUUUACUCCACACAACACUACAAAUGCUCUAAUGCCUCCACCAUACACCUCAGAAAACAGCAGAAUUAUGCCAAUGUCUCCUUCAUAUACACAGAAUUCUGCAAAUAUGCCACCUCCUUCUGUGUAUGCACCACAGGACACUACAACUUCAUCAAUGAUUCCUUCUUUUACCUCUCUUAAUACUCCAAGUACCUCAAUGGUUCCUACAUUCACACAGUUAAAUAGUCCAAGUUCUCCAAUGGUCAAUGCAUUUGCAACACUAAAUGAUAGAAGCAGGCCUAUCAUGUCUUCGUUUACACCUCUGAAUCAUUCAAGUUCACCACCUUACCCCUUAAGCCCACCUAAGGCCCCUGCAGCUGCACAGGUUGUCCCAACAAUCCAUGGACCCAGUGUUUCUGACAGAAGACCAGUGGUACAAGAAAGUGCACCUAUGUCUUCUGCAGGAAGACAGAGUAAUCCAGCUGCAAAGCCUCAAAAGAGAAACAAAAGGUUGUGGAGUGAGGAAGAACAGGCAGCAGUGAGGCGUCAGCUUGGAGACUUCUGUAAGCUGGUGAAAGUGCCAGGCAAAAAGGACUGUGAUGCAUGUUUAGCUGCUGAACCUGCUCUAAGCAGCCGAACAUGGAGGGAGGUCAAAUAUUUUGUGCAUAACUCAAUUCAGUCACUCAAAAGAAGAGGUCAUACUGUCGCAUCCAAACAAAGUGGAGGACAGGAUCCAGAGACUCAUAAUUCAAACCCUGAAUGGGAUGGUCCCGUUUAUCUGUCCCUGUAAAUGUUAAUUAUUGGACAUUCAAGAUAACAGUACAUUAUUGGAGAGAUUUUAGACAUGAGAGGGCCAUGGCUUUACCUCGGUUUGAAUGGGGUGUAAAAAUUAAACCGUUGGGAAUUAUUGUAACAUGCUGUCAUUCAGUCUUUGUCUCAGUAGCAAUGACAUAUUUGCAGGCAGCCCUUUUAUUCUUCAAGUUAAAGACCCCAGAGUAUUCUG